AUGUAUAACUCAAAUAUUGAUAAUCCAUCAGAUUUGGUCAAGUUGCCUCCUCGUGGUAGUAGUGAUCGAUCACAAUCACAGAUUAGAACAUCUAGAUCAUCUACAUUAAAUCGAUCAUUACAUCGUACUUUAUCAAAUGAAAUUGUAUCUUCAUCGAUUACUCGUCGUUCAAAACAUCGAUCUUCUUCCGGACGGAGUCAUAAUCGAAAAGUCGUAGGUGAUCCAAAUAUUGAUUCUACCAAUGUUUUAUUAUCGUCUAACAAAUUCGAGAACAAUGUUCAAGGUAUUCAGAACUUGGAUCAAAAUGAUGAAAUGAUAACAAUAGAAUCUGGUACUGAUGUUCUCGAUCGUGAUUAUUAUCAAAAUCAAAAUUCUACAACUGAUUCUGUUCAGUUAAUUCAUCCAUUUGAAGUUGAUAAAGUACUUCCACCAAAAAUUACAACAACUUCUUCAGGGAAAAAAAAGGCAGAGGAUGUUUUGAAAUUCUUCGAGAUGCAAUCUGAUGGAAUGUACAAAUGUUUAUUAUGUGUAGACGAACAGAAGGUAAACCUUUAG